AUGAACGCAAUCGCCGAGAGAGAUUUGCUGUUGCCCAACAGAUUGCUGAAGAUGACAGAACUUGUGAGGAGCGAAAAAAGAGAAUAGAAAAUGAAAAAGAAGAAUUCUUGAAGCAGUCAGAUGGAGGGGACAAUUCUGGGGCCCAAACUGGAGUUCAAGAAGUAGUAGUGAAGCCUGAUCUGCGUCGAAGGCUAAGCAGCACUUGCUCAGAGGAAGGGUCUUGUGUGGUGCGAGAAGUGGAUUAUGAUGGGGAUGGCGAAGACAGUCUGUAUUACUCUUCCACAGAAAACCUUCAUGUUAUGCAAAGCAGAGCCAAAGUGGAAAAGGUGGAGAACACAAACAGGAAGCAGCGCAAGUCUAGUUCACUUCGGAAUGCUGCAUCCAAGGAAAAAGAAGGGAAAAAGGUGGCUCUGCCAGCUGUUAGACAGAGUAGCAGCAUUAAAGUGAAAUUCACACCCCGUGUCUUCCCAACUCCAAAGAGAGAGUCCUGCGAGAAAGAGGAGCAAGAUUGGCUUGCUGCUCAGUCAGGUUGUCGCUCUAAGAGCCCUAAAGACAUCACUGAGGAGAAUAGUGCAGAGUACUAUAAGGAGAAGGCUAUCUCUUUAUUCAGUAACAAGGACUUCAGAGGCUGUGUCAAUGCUUACACAGAGGCAUUGAAGUUAUGUCCACAGGAAGCUUCGUUUUACAGCAACAGAGCAGCUGCAAAUCUGGCCCUGAACAACCUUCAUCAUGCUAUUAAUGAUUGUUCAAAAGCCUUGGAGUUGCUCACCCCUCCAACUCAGGAAAACAGCAAAUCUCGUCUCUUGUGCCACAUCCGACGUGGCACAGCAUUUGUCCAUCUUCGCCUUUUGUCAGAAGGACUUGCAGACUACCAGGCAGCACACCAGCUCAAUCCCAAGGAUGAAUCUCUGAAGAAAGACAUGGAGAGGAUCCAAGCCAUACUUAUGACUUCCACAGACACUGCAGACUCAUCAGAUGAAGAUAGUGAUGAUGAUUUUAAAAGCAGUGGUGAAAGCAGUCCUCCAUCAAACUCAUAACUAAAUUUACGUUUGCAUCUUUUCUUUUGUUAGAAAUUUAUUGUUAUUUUUGUUAUAAUUACUAUUAUUUAUAAGUAAUACUUCCCCAGUCAUGGAUUUCUUGAAGCCUUGUUACAUUUAUUGUCAUUACUUUUAUGCCUAGGUAAUUCUUUUACCAAACUUUAUCCCCUUUUGUUCUCUAUGGCAUUUUAGUAUGCCACAGGUCUCUGAAAGGUUGUUGAUUGUAGAUUCAUUAAGCCAAAACAACUCUUACACAUUAUAAACCGGCGUUUUAUUAUGUAGAAAUUAAGUCUCAGUUUUAUGCUUAGACACCAUUUCGUUUUUCUCAAAGAAUGGCUUCCAUUGAUUUUAGGUUAUUACAAUUUUGUGUAUAGAAUAUAAAAUGUCCAUUAUGUUUCUCGUAAUGAGUACUCAUUUGCAGAACAUGACAUUAGUAAUGUAUUUAGGUAUUGAUAUGUAUAUAAGGAUUAUAAGUAUUAUUGGAGUAUUAUUCCCUUUUGAGAUUUUAGAUGUAAGAUUUCUUUACCCUGCUGUAUCUAGAGUAUUAAUGUAAAUGGAUUUCGACUUGGAAACAAAUGCGGAUUAUAGAAUAUUUUAUGCUAUGUUUUUCUAGAUUUUUUGUAAAUUAGAUGCCAAAGAUUUU